AUGUCCUUCCGGAGGCAUAGGAGCAACCCUAAAACAUUGGGGGAUAUCAAUGUGGUGACAGAGGAGUUGAAGAACCUUUAUUAUAAGAGGCUGCUGCCGAUAGAGAAAUACUAUUCUUUCCAUCACUUUCAUUCUCCGAGCUAUGAGGACGCAGACUUUGACAACAAGCCAAUGGUGUUGGUGAUAGGACAGUACUCAACAGGAAAGACAACUUUUAUCAGGUAUCUCAUAGAGCAAGAUUUUCCUGGUAGCAGAGUUGGGCCAGAGCCAACCACGGACUGCUUCACUGCCGUCAUGUAUGGAGAGGUGGAAGGAAUCAUCCCUGGCAAUGCCCUCACAGUGGAUCGGAAAAUGCCCUUUCGCAACCUCGACCUUUUUGGAAAUGCUUUUCUGAACAGGUUUCAGUGCGUUCAGAUGCCAAAUAAAGUCCUUGAGAGUGUCAGCAUUAUUGACACUCCGGGCAUCUUAACAGCUGCUAAAAGAAAACUGAGUCGAGGCUACGACUUCCCAGCAGUGCUGCGCUGGUUUGCAGAGCGUGUGGAUCGAAUCAUCCUGUUGUUCGAUGCACAUAAACUGGAGUUCUCUGAUGAGCUCACUCGGGCCUUUGGGGCUCUGUGUGGCUUUGAAGACAAGUUGCGUGUGAUUCUAAACAAAGCAGACAGGGUGGACUCACAACAGCUCAUGAGAGUGUACGGCGCCCUCAUGUGGUCGCUAGGGAAAGUCUUUCGAACCCCAGAGAUCUUGAAGGUUUACGUCGGGUCUUUCUGGUCAGAGCCGAGGCAGAUGUGUGACCACUACCAGCUGAUAGAUCUGGAAGAGGAGGCUCUUUUAGCCGACAUAAGGAACCUGCCUCGAAAUGCUGCAGUACGCAAGCUCAAUGACCUGGUGAAGCGAGCACGCUUAGUCAGGGCUCAUGCCCACAUUAUCGGCUAUCUGAAGCAAGAGAUGCCAACAAUUUUUUGCAAAGAAAGCAAGAAGCACAAUCUGAUAUACCAGCUUCCUGUCAUUUUCACCAAGAUCCAGCAACAGCAUCGAGUCCCAGCUGGCGACUUCCCUGACUGCACCAAGUUACAGGAGAAACUUCUGGGUCAGGAUUUCUCAAAGUUCAAGACAUUAAAACCAAGUUUAAUGGCUUCCUUGGAUAAACUCCUGACCACUGACAUCGCAAACCUGGUGCCUUUACUUCAACAACAAGAACUGAGGAAGAAAUCCCUCCCUGGUGUGUUGGACGGGGAAUUUCUGGGAACAUUCAGGCCUGAGCAUUACAGGAGGGAUCCAUUCAAAGAACUUCCCAGAGACAACGAGAGCAGUGAGACAGAUUUCGAUGAGUGGGUAGUGGAGAAAUACAAGCCAAAAUACGAUGAGAUUUUCUACAACCUCAGUCCAAACGAGGGCAAAUUGAGCAGCACCAAAGUCAAAGAGUGGAUGACGACCACCCUUCUGCCCAAUUCUGUGCUUGCACAUGUCUGGAGGUUGUCUGAUGUAGAUGGCGAUGGCAUGCUGGACAAUGAGGAGUUCGCUUUGGCUGUCCACCUUAUUGAGGGAAAACUGGAGGGUCACUGGCUCCCCCGAGAGCUGCCGUCCCACCUGGUGCCUCCGUCAAAACGGUUAAGUACAGCCAGUGAUGAAGACUGA